UCUGUGGAUACAUUGGAAGUUUUAGAGUACCGUUAUUAAAAUUUCUGAGUAGGAGGUAGGUAGUGAGAUAGCCAACACACUGCAGCAGCUCUACUCCUUUAUUUAUAAAGUAUUGUAUAGUAGUGUUAGGAGAGAGAGAGAGAAAGAGGGAGGGACUGACAAAGAAGAUACAGGAGUGGGGCAAAAAUAAAUAACAGACCGCAACUUCACAAAGUUUUAUUAGUGACCCACUUUAAUGCUUGUGUCAAAUACAAUAGAGUUCGAGAACUGUGUUUAACCUUCAUUUUGGUUAUGUCAUGAUGCUACAGGUUCUUCUUCUUGCUUUGGAUGUAAAUAAUUUAAUGGAAAAUUGAUUUAAAUGUAAUCAAUGAUCAAAACUAUUGUUUUAUAAACAAUAAUUUUUAGUUUCAAAGGAUGAUUAUUUUAGAAAAUUUAUUCUUGAAGAGACAGAUAAAAAAGGUUAUUGGUGAGAUUUUUUCUAGGAAAAUAACUCACAUAGUUUAGAAAGUUGUUUGGUCGUCAUUUAUUCAUUUGUUUGUUUAAAUAUCCAAAUGAUGUACGACUAAUUUCUCUUUAAAAAUGAACUAGUAACAAUUAGUCACUAAACAAUGAAUAUAAAGUGAUUUUUGGCGAUUAGUAUGCUACUGUUUGGAUAAGCGAUGUAAUUAUCACUGGAAGUUAAGUAUAAAAUUACCAUAAAUGAAAAUAAAUGAAGUUCGUUUGAUAAAUUGAUUUUAGACUUUCUUUCGUAUGACUUUAAAAAUAGUAAAUCCUGUUCUCUUAAUUAAUGUUAAUUAGACUGAAUUCAGGUGUACAUAAUGAAUUAAUUAUACAGCAGAAACAUCAUCUGUCUUAACAAAUUAAAUAAAAAAUUUUAUUACCUGAAAAAAAGGAAAAGAUUGUUUUGCUAUCACAGGAAGUAUCAUUGCAAUGCUUACGGAUAUUCUUUCAUGCAUGUGCAAUGCAGAAUUUAAAAGUGGGAGAACAUAAAGCCAUCAAGUAGCCUCUGUGCCAACUGUUUAUUGAAAUAAUUCUUGCAUAAUAUCUGCGCAUCUUGAUAUUUACAAAACAAGUAAUUUAUUAGUAAAAAUUGAAGACAAAUGAAAAAAAAACAAUGAUUCAAUAAUUGAAUAUGUUUAAAAAAAGAGUUAUAACACUACAUUGAUAAAUAAAAAUGGUGAAAUAAAUCUCAUAUUCAUGCUGGUACUUGAGAAUUCGAUGAUUUCCAUGUCAGCUAGACUUAAAGAGACAAUAGAAUAUCAAAACAAGAAUCUGAACUGUAUACCUGGCGUUCAUUUCUUGACCAACGUUGGAUUUUUACUUGUGUACUAUACCUAAACUUUUUAACCAUAGGCUUCACCAAAAUAGGAGUCACAGUUUUAAUGUGGUCAUCAUAGUAUGUGUAUCUAAAUAACAUUGAUUAGUUAAUAUUCGAUAAUUCAAUGACUAUUUGUGCAAUAUAAGUGAUUAUAAAAAAUUACAAGUUUUAAUUUUGUUACGAAAAAUGUUCUCUUACCACAUGUAUGUGAUCAGAACAACGACCUGUAGAUAUUCAACAACCGGUUUUACAUCAAAACCUCGACCGUUCAAAGAGAUCCCGGGACCAAAAUCUUUACCAUUGAUUGGCACUCUCUACAAAUAUUUGCCUUUCAUAGGUGAAUACGAUUUUAAUAAAUUACACAAAACUGGCGCCAAGAAGCUAUCUCAAUAUGGGCCAUUAGUUAGAGAAGAGAUAGUUCCUGGGGUGAACACUGUCUGGGUUUUCCGUCCCGAAGAUAUAGCAGAGAUAUUUAAAGCUGAAAUCGGCAAAUAUCCAGAAAGAAGAAGCCAUUUAGCACUGCUAAAAUAUAGGAAAGAUCGAAGUCAUGUUUAUAACACUGGUGGACUUUUACCAACAAAUGGACCACAAUGGUACAAACUACGGAAAGAAUUCCAAAAAGCGCUCAGUAAACCGCAGAAUAUUACAAACUACAUUGAGAAGAUUGAUAGUGUGAUCAAACAAUUUAUUAAAGUCUGUGGAGAAAAAGAGCAUGAAGAUUUAUUGCCAUUAUUAUCUCGUUUAUUUCUUGAAAUUACUUGUUUGGUUGCUUUUGAUGCUACAAUAGAUAGCUUUUCACCCGAAGAAAUGCAAGAAAAUUCAAGGAGUUCAAGAUUGAUUGAUGCGGCAUUGACGAGCAAUAGUGUUAUACUUAAAUUAGACAACGGACCACAACUGUGGAGAUUUUUUGAAACUCCAAUGUAUAAAAAACUAUCUUCUAGUCAACAGUAUAUGGAAAAAUUUGCUGUGGAAAUGGUGAAUCUUAAAGUAAAACAAAUGAAAGAACGAUCUAACAAAGAUAAUGCAUCUUUAUUAGAACUUUACCUCCAAAACGGAGAUGUAGAUACGAAAGACGUUGUUGGAAUGGCUUGUGAUAUGCUAUUGGCAGGAAUAGACACGACAACAUACAGUAUUGCUUACGCAUUGUAUCAUCUAGCAAGAAAUAUUGAGUCUCAAAAAAAACUACAGACGGAAGCAGCCACACUUCUACCAGAUCAGAAUGAUCCAAUUACAUCAGCAACACUACGACAUGCUACUUAUGUGAAAGCUGUGAUUAAAGAAACUUUUAGAUUGAAUCCAAUAUCGGUGGGAGUCGGAAGAAUUUUGAAGGAUGACCUUGUGUUAAAUGGAUAUCAUAUACCUGCUGGAACAGUCGUAGUGACACAAAACCAAGUGAUAUGUCGCCUAACAGAAUAUUUUUUUAAUCCAAAUGCAUUUAUACCAGAGAGAUGGCUGAGAGGUAAUAUAGAGAAGCCCAGUCAAGGAACACAUCCUUACUUGGUUUUACCUUUUGGACAUGGACCAAGAUCUUGCAUUGCAAGAAGACUAGCAGAACAAAACAUUCAAAUGUUGUUACUGAGGAUUUGCAGAAAAUACAAUUUUAUUUGGAAAGGCAAAGAAAUUGACAAUGUUUCACUGUUAAUCAAUAAACCGGAUUCACCGAUAAAUAUAAAAUUUACAUCACUCAAUUAAUUUAAGCUUAUUUCAUUGCAUCUAUUUGAAGAUUUAUUAUAAAAUGUUAAUGUAUUAGUAUGGUAUAAUGAAUAUAGAA